AUGCCUAUUUUGUUGUUCUUCUUUCCAUUUAUUUCAGUCCAUAAAACACCCUUAACAUUAUCAAACUUCAAACCAAUCUCUUACACUUUGAGGGGACUGUGUGUGCGUGCAUGGAAGAGAGAAAUGGAAGAUGAAAACCAUAAAAAUGGAACAGAUGGCCACAGUGGAGAAAGCCCAGAAAGUCAAUAUUGUUUAAAGAGUUGCAGCAGCAGCAACAAUCACAGCAACAGUAAAGAGCAAGAUCACUUCCUUCCUAUAGCAAAUGUUGGCAGAAUUAUGAAAAAAGUGAUUCCAGGCAAUGGGAAAAUAUCGAAAGAUGCGAAAGAAACAGUUCAAGAAUGCGUGUCCGAGUUCAUCAGUUUUGUCACCGGAGAAGCAUCUGAUAAAUGUCAAAGAGAGAAGAGAAAGACUAUUAAUGGUGAUGAUAUUAUUUGGGCUAUCACAACCCUAGGGUUUGAAGACUAUGUUGCUCCACUUAAAUUGUAUCUCAGCAAAUAUAGAGAUCUGGAAGGAGAGAAGCUUAAUGUUCCAAAGCAACAAAGAAUGGAACAACAAAGGAUACAACAACAUCAUCAACAAGAACAAGAACAAAAUAUGAUACCACCUUACGCUAGUGUAUAUUCUUCCUCAGCUCUUGUAUCUCAGCCACUAUCUUUUGUCACAGCUGAUCAUCAACCAUUUCCUUUGCCUUUCUCUCCUAAUUCCAUCCAAAGACAUUUGCAACUCCAGGACAAAAUCGAUCCUGUCGAGCAUUGGUAA